GUGCAAGAGAAAAAGGGAAAACUUAAGUGACUCUGAAUAAUAAUAAAGCGGCGUUGUUUAUCCAAAGAAGGUGGGUUGGACAUAGACUAAAUUCUGCGCCAAACUCUUCUACACUUCCUUUUCCUCCCGCCUUACAAAACGCUCAGGCAGAAUUCAGUCUAUUGCCACAGUUUCACCCACACAACACCGCCGACCAAGGUCAGCGACAGUGACCGCCCACGGUAUCUGUCAACGCGGCAGCAAACCUCGGCGGAACCCGGCAGCUUUUUUAACAUGGGAGCUGGAGUUGGACUCGCAGGCUGAACAAACGACGACGCCACCGACUGUCGACUGUCACCGUGCGGAUGGAGGAAGCCCCAGUAGCGAAGGAGUGAACGAGCCGAACAAACCUUCACCUUCACCUUAAGUCAAGUCUGUGAGCUUUAAACGAAGUGACACCAUGUUGGGAAACCCAGGGACUUAUGCUAACAAGAAGAGGAAGAAGCCUGUUCUCAAACAAAAGAAAUUCUCUGAUGGCAAUGAAGUUGUUAAAUCAAACCCUUCAAAGCGACACCGGGAUCGGCUGAACGGGGAGCUGGACCGCCUGACAGAGCUCCUGCCCUUUUCCGAGGAUAUUCGCUCUCGCCUGGACAAACUGUCAGUCCUUCGCCUCAGUGUGGGGUACCUGAGGGUCAAGAGCUACUUCAAAGCGACCAUGAAGAACAGCAGCAACAGUCUGUUUCCUGGACUGAACGGGCAGAAUGGCAACAACAACGACACCACAGGCUUCUCCGAAGGAGAGCUACUGCUUCAGGCGUUGAACGGGUUUGUGAUGGUGGUCACGUCAGAGGGAUUGGUCUUCUAUGCCUCUCCCACAGUCAAGGACUACCUGGGCUUCCAUCAGUCGGAUGUGGUUCACCAGAGUGUGUUUGAGCUCAUCCAUACUGACGACCGAUCCAUGUUCAGACAGCAGCUUCACUUUGCCCUAAAUCCCCCAUCUGUGGCCGUGGGUGGAGAUGCCUUGCAGAGUUGCGGUACUACAGUGAUGUACAGUCCUGAGCAGCUUCCCCCAGAGAACUCUUCCUUCCUGGAGAGGAGCUUUGUGUGUCGCUUCCGCUGCCUCCUGGACAAUUCCUCUGGCUUUUUGGCUUUGAAGUUCCAGGGGCGACUGAAGUACCUCCACGGCCAGAGUGUUUUGAGGGACAACAGGGCGUGUAACAAACCUCAGCUGGCACUGUUCACCAUCGCUAUGCCUGUUCAACCUCCAUCUAUUGUGGAGAUCAGAGCAAAAAUGCUCCUUUUUCAAACCAAGCACAAGCUGGACUUCACACCCACGGGCGUUGAUAGCAGGGGGAAGAUUAUUCUGGGCUACUCAGAGACUGAACUGUGUAUGAAAGGCUCCGGCUACCAGUUCAUCCAUGCAGCUGAUAUGAUGCACUGCGCCGACAACCACAUCCGCAUGAUUAAAACAGGGGAGAGUGGACUGACUGUUUUCAGGCUCCUGAGUAAGUCCGGUGGCUGGGUGUGGGUGAAGUCUAACGCCAAGCUGAUCUACAAAGGAGGAAGACCUGAAUUUAUCAUCGCGUAUCAGAGAGCUUUAGUGGACGCUGAGGGUGAGGAGUACCUGCGUCAGAGGAGGCUGCAGCUUCCCUUCAGCUUCACCACAGGAGAGGCCGUUCUCUACAACACUGGCCCCACGGUGGACAUCACACAGUUUCAGUUCAAUAAAAUGUUCAGCAACAAUGAGAUGAACAAGGAUGUGGCCCCCGGCUCUUUGCUGGACUGCUUCCUGAGACAGGAUGAAGCAGCCUACACCCAGACAGUGGACCCCCCCUUACCUGUGGAUCAGGUGUUCAUGGACAGCCGCGCCCUGGUCAGCGUUCCCAGUGAUUCAUGGCAGGAAAAUGGGGCUGGAGCCACCACAGGUGACCCCGUUGUAGUGAAAGAUGAGGCCAAGCAGUCGGUCAUGGCUGUAAUUGACAACUUGGGAAAAAUGGCUCAAGAUGGUGACUUCAGUGCGGCGUUGCAGAAUCUGGAGGUUGACGAUGAAGAGUUGUUUGAGUGGGAAAAUGCUCUCAAGAGAUUAAGUCAGGAUGAGGAUCAGCAGAACAGCGUUAGGUCUGAUCUGGACACCAUCCUCACAAAUGACAUAUUCGACUACAUAGAUUCUGUUUUGUUCAAGGAGAAGGGAGAAGAUUGUCUAAACGCCAGCCCUCCCAGCUGCCUCACCGCAGGCAACAAUAAUCAGCAGGACCCCUUCACUCAGGCUGCCCGGUUCUCGGCCACUCAACUCUGUGAACCACAGUUGUUUCAGACACCGAGCCCUGAUCAUACUUACUCUCCAGUGAAUGGACUCUAUGCUCACCAGCAGGAUACAGGGCAGAGCUUAUUAGAGCCUGGUCAGAUGUUCAACGGCGCCCAGAAACUUUCCCACCAGGGUCCCCUGAUUCCUCAGGCUGACACCAGCCUGCCCCCCCUUCAGCAGCUGCAGCUCCAGGACAUUUUCAGCCCAUCAAUAGAGCUCCCAGAGCUCACUGUCCCCAACGCCUCAGCUGGUGAUACCUCAGCCCCUUUUCAGUCCAUCAACCACGUGGGCUGCCCUCAGGGGAUUUCUGGACAGAGGCAGUCCAGCCAACUUCUGCUGCGUCCUCAAAACAACUUGCAGUCGCCUGCAUUGGCAGCAAAUGGACAGCUGCUGCAGGGCUCUGGUAAACAGCCGAACAAUGUAGCACCCGGCACAAUGGACAUUUUGCCACCCUUGAUUCCUUGCAAUGACUUAAGUUCCUCUGCUGCACCUAAUAUUCCCAUUCCCUUUGCCACAGCUUGUCUGCAGGGAAGUUCCCCUUUUGAAAUGCAGAACCACCAGGUUCAGCAGUGGCCGCAGAGCCAGCAGCAGAAGCUGCCUCAUGCUGGCACCAUGCAGAACGGACAUGAGUCGAUGCCAGCGUGUCACAGCCAAACUUCAGAAAGCCAAACAUUCUCACACGCAGGCCUUUGGCCGAGGAGUGCCACCGGACUGAACCACACUCAGCAGGGGGGCCUGGCAUGUGGACAGGCAGCUACUCACAGCAGCUGUAUGUUUGACCAGCACUUUUCUUCCAGUCCAGCAGGGGGUGACAUGCUGGCGGUCUCUGGGUCUUCGGGCCUGAGUGAGACGGGCACUUCUCUGGAUCAGAGUCCUCCUCAAGGUUCCUGCUGCUUCCAGUGGAGCCGCAGUGAGCCUGUGGUGGGCGCAUCAGCCGUCAACCAGCAGAACGGCACCGUCAUGUCCUCCUCAGAGCAUGCACUCAACAUUCAGCACUACCUGGAAAACCACAGACAGACACAGCAGGAUGAAAAACUCUCAGCUGAACUCAGUGGAAUUUUUGCCACUCCUGUUCGAGAUGUAGCCAUGUACCUGACAGAGUAGAGCCAAGGCCUGUUGUUAUUGCCGUUGCAACAACUACAGGAGAAGGACAAUUUCACAGUAUAGUUUGCCUGUAUCAGUGCUUAUCCUCAGACUCUCGUGCUUACGCUCGUUUUAUAUCUCUCUGUGCCGUUGUCCAGUCUGUAAUGUUUAAAAGCUGUUGCUUGUCAGUUCCUAGUGAAGAUACACUAUAAUAAUAAUGAAGUAUAAAGUGCAUGUACCAGGAUGGAGCUUGAGCCAGCUAGGAGGAUCGGUCAAGUGAAUCCAAAUAGCCAAAGAAAUAUGUUUUUUUAUAAGGGAAACCGCAGUCGUCAUGUCUCUGCUUUCAGCCAGGGACAUUCAUUUCUUUCCCAGAUUUAAAUACUUAAAAAAUACGUAAAGGCUGAGUGUGAAAGAGUAUAAAGAAUCGCUGAAAGUGAGAGCUACCUGAAAACACAGCUGUACCAUCAAAUGAAUAUUAUUACAGAUGAAAUAAUCUGUGUAUUUUAAAUGGAAUCCUGAAUUGUGGUUGAUGUAAGUGUUUAAAUACAAUCUGUAAAUUAUAUUUGUUUCACUAGAAGGUCCGCUUUUGGCUGACAGAAAUCUGGUGCGUACAGAAUGCGUCAGCACGUGAUAGAUGUGUGUAUCUGUGUGCAGUAUAAAUGGGCUUUUAGGGAGAAUACCUUCCAAUUGAGCAUCCCAAAAUUAGAGACCAACUGUUAACAUGUCAGAAAUAAGCAGCGAAAACUGCAUUCAGGAAAAAAAAAAUGGCUUGGUUGUCAGCGAACUACCCAUCGGAGGGUCUUAUUUACGCUGCUUGCUGCUACUGUCAUGGAGACAUUUUGAUUUGCUGCAUUAUUUCCAUUUCAGUGAGGCAUUUUCUGAAACUGAAAAUAAGCAUAGAUGCGGUUGAGUUCAUUUGAAUUCACUGCUGCUAAUUAAGACCUGUACUUUCUCAUGUCUGUGAACCAGUGGCACUGAUACAUUAGUCCUGUGCAAGUUACCUGCAGCCCAAAUCUUAACAAGCAAAUAUUUUUUGCAGCCUUCAUCAUGUUGGUACAGUAGCACCCAAACACCUGCGAUUUGUUAAGUCUUACAGAUUUAUACUGGGACUGCCACUGGUCUGCAAAUUGCAGAAACCAGUUAACGUAUUCUAGGACGGCAACUGUGCAUUUUAACAAAAUGCUCAGUCUAAGAACUGGAGUGUGGCAUGAGUCAGCAGAGUGAUCUCAAACAAAGCACUGACAGGGUUUUAGGGACAGCUUGUCCUUUCUUCAAAGUACAUGUUGAUGAAGGCUGUGUCUAAAUUCAGGGGCCACCUCCUUUGAAUGAUGCAACCAGCGAAAGUGGGUCAACGCUGAACAUGGGCCUCUCCUCUAAAUUAGACUGUCAUUGUAACAGUUACCAAAACUAAUGGUGCGUUCAGGCACUCCUAAUUGAAAACUUUAAGAUUUAUCAAAUGGGCAGUGGGGUGAUAAAAACCCAGUGGUGAAUGAAAUUGGAGGUGUUUCCUAAUAUCUGAGUUUACAGCACUUGCCGUUUAUGUUUACUUCAUCAUACGAUCCUGCUGUGGCCUCUUUCGUCUUUGCACUUCAUGUGAUGUGUUUUCUAAUCACCUAUGACCAACAGGUGGCACACACCUGAUAAAUCAGAUGUGUAUUCUGCUGACUUUACAGUAGGAUAGUCUGAAUCCACUGUAAAACCAAUGAUGGAUGGACUACUUUAAGUCUUUAAAGUCAGCCUGUCAUGCUGUGCUGUUGUUGAAAUGCGGACUUCAAAGGAUGCGGUCCCUGAAUCGUGACGCAGCAGGUGAAUACAAACAGCCUCCAUACCUGCAACUCUGCUGCAGUAUUUUACAACUGUUUCUCAGAGACAAAGAUGCAGGUGGAUUUCCAGCAGCUCUCACCCAGAAAUUCAUUCAUUUCUAUUCCCUCUUCCCAUAUUUUGUUAUCUUGCGUGGGAACAUACUAAAAUAUAUUUUUCAUUACCCACACUGAGCCAUAUACAGUAUAACCCUAUAAUUUUUCUUGUGCCUUCUUGCUAAAUAGGCAGCUGAAAAGUAUCUCCAUAUAAAUAUAUCUGUGCCUUCCUGUAUAAAGCAUCUUAGAAUAAUAUUUUCCUCAGUAGCUCUUGUUUUUCUAAGGCAGUCCUUCUGAGGUGCACUAAUUUAAGGGAAGCCAUAUCCAAAGAAGACACCAUAUCCUUUCUGUAAAUUAAUAAGCUUGUAUCCUUAAGUGCAUUUCAAGGCUCUGAGGAAUUCCUUCAAGUCCAUUUUCCAUUUACACAAACGUCCUUAACAAUGGAAACAAGGGAAUACUUCAGUCAUGACAUAUCUCUACAGAGAUAUUAAACAUGUUUUCAUUAAUGAACAGAAUGAAAAUGUACCGAGCAGUUAGUAUCAUGUGGAGAUACUAACUGGUCUUUCAGAUCAUAUUUACUUUGCUGUGUCUGUUUCCUGUUUGUGCUCUUCAGUCUAUUUCGGCUCCUUUUUUUUUUUUUUUUUUUUUUUUUUUGAUUCUCACCAGAUGUCUGUAAUAUCCACACUACAAAAACAAUAUUCACAGUUUGGUUUAACCUGAGCAAGAGCAGCAUUAACAUGGCAGCUUUACCGUAUUCCUGCUGCAUUGUGGGAAAUCACUCAGUAUUUUACCUUUCCUUAAGAAUCUGUUGUGUCUGUAUCUGGAAAGACAUUUUACUUUUGUGCUAAAAAAAAUUUUUUAAAAAUGACCAUUUUAAGUGAAAUCUGGUAAAAACCCUUAGGGAAAAGUCUUAGGGAACAGAUUAAUGCGGCCUUCUGUCCUCUGUCCUGGAUCCCCAUUGUUCUGGAUGAAAGGGCAGUGACGGGAAUGUCCCUCUUCCUCCUGUAGAGGAUCUCGGGCUCUUGAGGCUAAAUCGCCUGUAAAUCGCCUUUGAUGUUGGACUUUGAUACAGACAUGUCAUGACCAUAGCCACUAUGAAAAACCUGGAGCCAAAUGUUUUAGUCACCAUGCUUUUGAUAUUUUUAAGCAAACAUGUGCCUUGACAGUUGCCAUAUUUCUGUUAUUUGUUAAAAAAAAAAAAAAAAAGAAAGAAAAACGGGAAAAAAGAAAAAGAAAAAAAAAGUCACAACUAUUCCCUUCAGUGUAAUCCACUUUUAUUUAGCCAAGUAGUUAUACUAUCUAUCAUAUGUUAAACAAAUAACCACCCAUUGUCUACUGUUAAAUGCUUUUUCAUAAAUAUAUGUGUGCAACGAUUAAAA